UCCAGUUUGGAGUGUGGUGUUGAUGAAGGAGGAGGUGUGAAACUGUGAGUGGGCAGUUAGUUGCAAGCGACGCUUCCAUAUCGUCGCGAUGCUCUGCUUGAGGUGUUUGGCGGUGGUGGUGGUGGUGGCGGCAGCAGCGGUGCGGUGCGUGGCAUUGAAUGAUGAACCAAGGAUCCCCACGCCGACUCUGACUGGGGGCUUCUUUGGAGGCCCAACGGUGGAGGCUGUUGCUGUACACCCUGAUUCUUUAAACCAAGGCCAAGUUCUGACUAGAGGCUUCUCUGGAGGCAAACUGACGGAAGCAAAUGUUGUUCAACCCGAUCCUGUGGAGGAGGCUGAAGUGAGUGUGGUGGACUUGGGACCGCUGUCCGGGACACACCCCACCGACGCUGGCGGCGAGGCGGCGGGUGGCGUGGCGGCCAGCAGAGGGAGGGACGCGAGCCUCUUCGGUCCCGUGUCCUCGCCAUUUUUCUUCAUGUGCCAGUACCCGCAGACCGGGGAACCUUCAAGCCUGGAGGAGGAGGACGUGACGAUAAAGGUUGAAUUUGCUGGCCGGAAGGACCCAAGAGAUGGUUACGAACCACACUCAGUGUACGAAGUGACAAUCACCUCCAGCGUACUGUUUGACGGUAUCCUGGUGACCGGAGUGCAUGCCUUUACAAAGAAACUCACUGCCGCUCACCACCUCUCUCUGCCCGCCUCCCUACAUGGCGGAGCGCCUGAGGGCCUGGCGUGUGCUGUCCUCCACUCCCACAUCUCCAGACGCCCGCGCUCCCAUCUCUCCUUCCUGUGGAUGGCGCCGCCCUCCGGCACUGGAUGUGUCGCUUUCAUAUCCCAGGGCUCUCUUCAAGGCCAAAUACUCUUCAAAGACUUGAAAAUCUUGGAGGUAUGCGAAAAAGAUGUGGCGGGUCAGUUGCAAAUUCUGGAGUCUCUCUUCACGGGGCGAGACCAGCACGGCUAUGUCUUCAGGGAUGACUUCGAAGGACCCAGCCUGGACACCUCCAUCUGGAAAGAAAUGCGUGGCGGCGCUUUGAGUGGCAGUGAGGCAGCCGGCAGUCAGGGAGCCACUGCAGCUUUCACCGAGCGGGACGCGGCUUGCUCACUUUACAUCCACAUAGGGAGUGUUUGCAGCUCCCAUGGGUAUGUCAUGUCAUCCUCCAGAUAUGUCAUGUCACUCUCCAGAUAUGUCAUGUUACCAUCCAACCAUGUCAUGUCACCCUCCAAUCAUGUCAUUGACCACUUUCCAUCCUGUCACAUCACCCCACAGCCUGUCAUGUCCACCUGCAGCCAUGUCAUGUCAUCCUCUAGCCAUGUUAUCCUUCACCUCUCCUGCCUGUCAUGUCGCCAGCUUCGGUUUGUCCUCAGUUCGGGAUCCUGUCCGGGUGGCGCAGAGGUAGAGCUUCUGUACAGCACCACUGACUCCCAAGAUGAACUGAUUCCUAUGACCCAAGAUGCAAACCAGAAUGAAGAGAGCAGUGGUGAGGCUCCUACACCAGAAAGUGACUCCAAGAUGGCCCAUGUGUUCCCUGACAGUGGGUGCUCUGCUUGGGAGGUUGUUCAUACCUAUAGAGCUGCAGCCAACAGUGAGGUGCACAUUCUGCCAGUGCCACAAAGGUACCAGCAGCGUGGCGUGUGUGUCGGGUGGCGGGCCAUUAUGAAUCCUGACAAUUUGUACUGCUGGGCCUUGGAUGAUGUGGCACUGGUCACUGAUUAUGCCUCCCACCAACCCCUUCAGGAUGACUUUGACCCUGUUGAUCCAGCUAACUGGAUGUUCUUCCCAGGUGCCAGAGUCAAGGAGUGGUGUGGCUCGGAGGGGAACAGUUUGGUGUUUGAGGGUAACUCUGAGAACCGAUGGACCACCACUCGCCUCCUGGACCUUUCAUUUGUACCCCCCUCAGAAGACAUCCUCCUAGAACACACCUUUGGGAAUGACACCCCCAUAGAGUGGGAGGUGACAGGUGGCAGUGUGCAGCUGUGUGAUGGACAAAAGCGGCUGGUGUUUGAAGGGACGCCAGCUAAAGUGUGCACACCCAUGUUGUCUAUCAGAGAUGUGGGUGUGGUUAGCCUGGCCAUGAGCUUAAGGGAGUGUGGGAGAAAUGUGGCUGGACCAUUGGGGGUCAAGGUGUAUUGGGAGGAGCAGCGAGGCCAGUUGGAGGUGAUAGGAGCCAUUAAUGUGACCAGAACCCGCCUGCAGCACACCCUGCCUGUCACUCCUCAGCUCCUGCCUCAGCAUGCCAGGAUAUGUAUGGAGAGCAUGAACAGUGAACUUGGUGGAUGGACAGUGGACACCUUCAGGCUGCUGCCCUGGAUGCCAACACAACCACCACACUACUUGCAGGCACGUGUGAACUUGGAGUGUGGUGGCAGCCAGAGCGAGGUGGAUGUGGAGAGUAGCAGUGAUGGAGGAGCCUCCUGGACACCGCUGCACCGUCCCUGCCUACCAGGGGCCUGCACCGGCGCCCACUCAGCUCUCACCUCAGCCAUUGUGCCAGACAGUGUGGACAGGUGUGGUGAUGAACACUAUUCUGUGCUCUGUGCUUGUGUCUGCAGUGACAGUUCUUGCUGGGAAACUGAACUUUUUAAUAUCAGUUGUACACCCCGGAAUCCUCAAUUUCAAAUCAUGAUUAUCUCUUGGUCUUAUCGUCAUAUCCAGCUCGAGAAAGUCAUCUCUAGCAAUCUUGUCAAUCUCAUUUACACACUUGAACAGUUGAUAUGUCUUGACACCCAUGACAUCAUGGAUGAAGAAGCUGCCAAGUCCGUUCGUCAGGCUGAAGAACUUGGAGUACAGCAGUAUCAGUCCUUUGUUGAAGAGCGCCUCGUGAAUGGCAGCAAGCCUCUCAGUGACAGGAUCACGAAGAACAAACUCCAACUGUUCGGACAACCUCCAGCAAGAGGCAAGUCCCAGUCCACGUCCAAGUUACAGUCUCUUAAGAGUGACUGCUCACUAUUUUCGCGACUGUACAUUGCGUGUCAAUCACGAGACGGUGAUCUAAAUGAAUUCUUCAGACACGAAAAUCAGAGGUGCCCACCGUCUCUGUCUCAGGAUGGCAAGUUACGCCAGGGCAAGAAGUCAGAUCUUCUUGACUGCCUCACUAGCAGUGUUGAGUGUAGCAUUGAUGCUCCCGAUUCUGAUGCGAUCAUCCUCGAUGGUGCUGCGCUUGUGAACAUGCUGAAGCCAGUUGUUUGCACAACAUUCAAUGACUAUGCAGACAAAGUCUUCUUGCCUUACAUUGAAAAGCAGCUGGAGCGAGCAGACAGGGUGGAUAUAGUGUGGGACCAGUACCUUGAGAACAGCUUGAAGUCUGAAACCAGAAAGCGCCGCGGAAAGGGGAUCAGACGCCGGGUUCAAGGGAACAACAACUUACCUGGCAACUGGCAGCAGUUUCUGAGACUUGAUGCAAACAAGCAGGAACUGUUCACAUUCCUGGCUAGAUGCACAAUGAAAAUGCAGCACCGACCAGAUGGAAAGCAGCUUGUUGCCACCCUAGGUGAUGGUGUUCUUUGCAAUCCACCAGAUGAAAGCAUCACUGCAGCACUGAGCCCCUGUACUCAGGAAGAAGCCGACACAAGAAUGCUGCUGCACACUGCUGAUGCUGUCCGACAAGGAUGCCAGAAGAUUGUCCUGCGUACAGUUGAUACCGAUGUGGUGGUCCUGUCAGUCGCUGCAGUGCCAAGGCUACACUUAAAGCACCUGUGGAUUGCUUUUGGGACUGGCCAGAACUUCAAAUACAUACCUGCCGACGAAAUAGCAUCUCGCAUUGGUCCUGAAAGAGCCACUGCUCUACCUAUGUUCCAUGCUUACACAGGGUGUGAUGUCGUCUCAUCCUUCACCAGAAGAGGGAAGAAGCUAGCAUGGCAGACCUGGAAUGCCUUUGAUGAUGUAACAGCCACGUUUGGUCUCCUGUGCGAUGCUCCUGGAGAGAUAGAUGAUGAAGCUAUGACCAUGCUGGAGCACUUCACAGUCUUCCUGUAUGACCGCACCAGUGACCUGGACAGCAUUGACGAAGUGCGCCAGCAUCUCUUCACCAAGCGGGGCAUGCCAAUGGAAUCGCUGCCGCCAACGAGAGCUGCACUGGUGCAGCAUGCCAAGAGGGCAGUCUACCAGGCUGGCCACAUCUGGGGGCAUCUCCUCUCGAGAGCUGCUGUGCUGUGGCUGCAGAAAAGGUUGCAGAGGUCACUGCAAGUGCAACAAGGCGGCCUUGAGGUGUACUGCUCUCUGCCAGUGUGGAGGUGUGAGUACGGCUACAGCGGGGAGGCAUGUCAGCACCCUGAGCGAGCCAACCCAAUCUACGUCUCAGAGCCAUUUAACUCUGCCAUGUUCAAUAGUGCCAACUUGCUUGAGAUGACUGGAGGAACCAACAGCUUCAGAUGUGGUGUGGUGGGGACAGGCACUGCUGGUGUCUUCAGUGGUCGUGGGCGGAGGGCAGUCACCACCGUGGAUGUCAACACAACACAGGCACACUUUCUGCAAUUUCACUACUUAGCUGGAACCUUCAGUGAUGUGGGCAAGUGUCCUGGGCCAGUGGAAGAAGAGGAGAGUGUGUAUGUCCACUACUCCUGUGAUGGUGGUGUGUCAUGGCACCUCCUGCACACCCUACAUGCUGCCACACACAAGGAGCCCAGCCACUUGUCGCUGGACUUGCCAGGGGGAGCACGGGCACCCAGCUGCCGAUUCCAAGUGUGGCAAGAGCAGCACUCUGGUGCCGGCAGGGAUGUGUGGGCCAUUGAUGACCUCACCAUCACCUCUCAGAUCUACAACACCAUCCAGCUCGACUUUAGUGAUGUGGCAGCUGUCAACAAUUCACUGAGAUUCCACUUGGGCCAGCUGAGUGAGGACGUGUGUGGCCGAGAGUCAGCACUCAUGUUUGAUGACAUCAUUGCCAGCGACACUUCUCGGUUUGUGGAAACAAAAUCUCUCGGCAUUGGGCCCUCGUACAUGAUGCAGUUUGACUUGGUUAUUGCCUGUGGGAGCGAACCUCUGCAGGAUUCCCUAAACAAGGUUGUACUGGAGUAUUCCCUGAACCAUGGCAUCACCUGGAGUCUGGUGCACCGGCCCUGCACCCCUGCCCUGCCAGGCUGCAGUGCCUCAUACACCCAUGGCACAGUCUACCAUGCCUCAGAGUUCCCAAAUUGGAAGAGAGUGACACUCCGCCUACUACAACACACCUGGUCACCAACGACACGGCUGAGACUCAGGCAGACACAGGAGAAUGACAUUGGAGAGUCAUGGGCCGUGGACAACCUGUACAUUGGCCGCCAGUGUCCUGGGCUGUGUUCCGGCCAUGGCCACUGCACUGCUGUUGGUUGCAGGUGUGAUGACAACUUCCAUGGCCACAACUGCCUACCGCUGGACAAGCUGCACCACCAGCUGGACGCCACCUUUGACAAUGAGAAUGACGUGGUGAAGUAUGACCUACAGGUGACGGGAGGCAGUCUGGCGUCGCCGGGGGAUGGCUGUGGUGUGGUGCUGUCCAACAACAGCCUUUACUUUGGUGCUCCCGGCGUGCGGCAGCUGGAGACAGAUGACCUCAACGCUGCCCACCUGGAGGUCAUCACCCUGAUGCUGGUGAUCGGCAGCGGUUCAACCACCAGCUGUUUGCCUGCCCUCCACCAAGAAACGCCUGGUGCUGGCAGUGUCGUGUUGGAAUAUUCCAUCGAUGGUGGCCUGAGCUGGGCUCUGCUGCAGGAGCUGCUUCCUGCUGACCACCGCACUCCAAGACUGGUGAAUGUGAAGCUGGACACUAUGGAGCAUGGAGAGUCUGGCGUGGUGAGGUUCCGCUUGUGGCAGCCAACACACGAUGGGCAGAACCAGUGGGCGGUGGACAACCUGAGGGUGGCGCCUGAGCAGCUCCUCAGCACUCUGCAGGCUGACAUGUCUCCCAACUCCACCAUAGCUUCCCCAUGGCUCUUUGUGACCAGCAGCAGCUACAGCCACUACUGUGACAGUGACACAGAGGUGCAAGUGAUAGAUGGAGCUGAGAGAGUGCGGGAGGCAGUGACUCACCCACUCGUACUUUCUCCCAGUGAUGUCAUCACCUUCCAAAUCAGUGUGGGCUGCAAGGUAUCAUCUGUGGGUGACCAGCCAGUGUUGCUGCAGUAUUCCCAAGACAGUGGACACACUUGGCACCUGCUGCACCCUGGGUGUCCUGCUGCAGCUGUGCAUUGUGAAGGACCAUCUGAACCAAGUGUGUACCAUCCGGGCCAUCAUGGACCAUGGAGCCGUUUCCUCAUCCCUUUGGACCAUCGACUCUCACAAAGACAGAUACAGCUGAGGUGGCUGCAGAACAACCUCAGUGGCACAGCAGGCAAUGAGUUUGCACUGCGGGAUCUGUACAUCGGCCCACCUUGCCGCCACAACUGCCAUGGCCAUGGGUUGUGCACUGCUGCUGGCCACUGCAAGUGUGACCCAGGAUACAAGGGGACCUACUGUGGCAAGUUCCCCAACAAGCCAGUCCGUUGGAUGCAUGACAACUUUGAGGAGGGUGGUGUGUUGGAGCACUGGGCACGGGUGGAAGGGGCAGCAGUGGGGCAGGGCUGCGGCAUCCAGAAGAGAGGAAACACACUGCUCUUCUCAGGCCCGGGACACCGCAUGGCCACCACGCAGGAAAUAGACACCCGAGCCAUCAGAUAUCUGGUAUUCAACCUGCAAAUUGGGUCAUGGGAGGCACGGGGCCGCUGCCAGCAGGGCCAGGCACCUCGGGACAAUGUGGCAGUUGAAUUCUCUCCUGACAACGGCCAGACUUGGACAGCACUGCAGCACUUUGAACCAGCACACACCACCCUCAGGAAGGAACCAUUCUUUGUGCCGCUGCCCCCCAAGGCACGCACCAGACACACACGCUUCCGCUGGUGGCAAGCGGCAGGGGACGUGAUGUUAGAUGAGGCUUUCCCUGAGGAACGUGCUGAUUGGCAUCUGGAUAAUGUGAUGGUGCUGGCCAAUGAAACUCUGCCAUCUACGCUCCAACACAUGGCUGGUGAUGUCGACUCCUUGCCUAAUGUCUGGUUCCUGCAUGAGGGUGCCUCCUUCCAGCCAGCAUGUGACAGGAAUACCUCUGUCAUGCUCUUCUCAGGACCUACUGGCCCUAGAUAUGCAGAGACCUGGGAUGUGCAUGCUUCUGGGGCAACUGUAGUGCAGUUUGACAUUAAGAUGGGAUGUGGUGGAGGUGGGGGCAGCAGCAUGAGUAACACUCCCUCUGUGGUGGAGCUGCAAUACUCAAUUGAUAAUGGGAAGACCUGGCAGCUGGUGCAGGAAAUGUGUGCUCCUCCUGAUGUGGAGUGUGACACUUACCACUUGCCAUCCACUUACAGUGCUUCCAUCCAUCCAUCGUGGACGCGAGUCACCGCCACACUGCCAAAGCUGACUGCAGGAGAGCGAACAAGAAUACGCUUGGUGGAGGGUGGUGAUGCUGCUGCCGGGAGCCACAUGCCAUCCUGGGCCAUUGACAAACUGUAUAUGGGUGACUCCUGCCCCUGGAUGUGCUCUGGUCAUGGGUACUGUACUGAGGACCACUCCUGCAGGUGUGACGAUGGCUACUUUGAGCCGUUCUGUGUCCCAGCGGAGGCCUUGCCCUGUGAGCUGCUGGAUACUUUCAACAUUCCAGAGCUUCAUCCUGGUAACUGGAGGGAGGUUCAUGGAGCCGAGGUGUCGCAGCGAUGUGGUGUCCUUGUGUCUAAAUCAGCUCUUGUAUUCUUCAAGGACGGUCUGCGCCAGGCAUCCACUGUGGACCUCGACAUGACUGCUGGUCAGUUCGUACAGUUCACGCUCCAACUCGGUUGUGAUAAAAAGAAUGGUGGCAGAAGCAAACAGACCUCAGUCUCCAGUAAAGAGAAGCCAAGUGACAGGAAGACAAAACAUGCCAGGAACCACGGUCUGCUGGUGCAGUAUUCCACAGAUGGCAGCAUAACAUGGGGCCUUCUGAAGGAGAUACACUACCACCCUCAAGCAAAGCCCAUCUUCAUCUCCAUCAGCCUGAAAGACUUCCCACUUGCACUCACUAACGCCACAAGGUUCAGAGUGUGGCAGCCUCAUCACGGCGGUGUCUCACAGCACAUGUGGGCCCUAGACAACCUGUUUGUUGGAGGGCAGCCUGUCACUCCCAAUGUCCUCUAUGAUGACUUCAGUAGUGACUUCCCAGCCACUGAUGCCUGGGUGGACUGGCCAACAGGGGAAGUGGGCCACUUGUGUUCUGAGCCAGACUCUCCAAGAGGCCUGGUGUUUGGGUCAGGCGAGGGCCACCAUGCGCUCUACUCCCGAGACCUACAGGUGGACACCCACUCCGUGGUGCAAUUUGAUGUGCGAGUUGGGUGUGGGCACGUGACACAGCGAGAACAUGCAGUGCAACUGCAGUACAGCCAUGAUCUUGGCAUCACAUGGCACACCGUGCGGCCCACCUCCUCUCUGGAUGACCCCACUACAAACUGCUUGCAUGAACUACACACCCCCACUGUCUUCUACCCCAAUAGUGCUCUCAACUGGACCAGAGUUACUGUACCACUCUCUGACCUACAGAUCUGUGGGAAGAUGAGGUUCCGGUGGUGGCAAGGACAGUAUGGCUCUCGGGACUCCUCAGAACCCUGGGCUGUGGACAAUGUGUACAUCGGCCCGGCCUGCAUACAUCACUGUGGCGGACAUGGUUCCUGCAUCAACGGGGACAUGUGUGUGUGUGACGAGGGAUUCACUGGCCAAACAACCUGCACACUGGAAAAAGACAGACCGCACUCCCUGACUGAGGACUUCGAGGCUGGCUUGCCCCAGGAACACUUGUUGCGCUGGGCGGGUGCUGAGGUGCUGAGAUUCUGUGGGGUGCUGACAGGACAAGCAUUGGUGUUUUCCCAACAAGGCGAGAGGAUGCUGGUUACUACAGACCUUGAUUUGACUCAUGGCAGCGUGGUGCAGUUUUACAUUCGCUUUGGCUGCAUGGACAGUGACCCAUUCAGUGGCGAUGGCCCCGUGCUGCUGCAGCACUCCAGUGACGGUGGUAUCACCUGGGCACUCCUAGCUGAGCUGGUGCCAGACCCCUCUGAGCCACAGCGCACGCAGCACAUCACUCUUGCUCUGCCAGACUUUUCGAAGACCAACACCACUCGUCUGAGGUGGUGGCAGCCUUCCCAUGAUGGAUCUUUCAACUCCCAGUGGGCCCUCGACCAGAUCCAUGUGGGAAGCACAGCACAGGGACUGCCCGCCUUCCUUGACAUGGGCACUGGGAUUGGGUGGCUGCUGCGGCCUGGCUCGGUGGUGGAGCCUGUGUGUGGCCAUGUCCAACCCUUCCUCCACUUCACAGGUCGUGAUGGCUACAGACUGGCCGAGACACCAGACAUCGUGAUGACACAGAACACCUUCAUCCAGUUCACAGCACUGCUUGCCUGCAAGGAGCCGGCACCCUGCUUUGAGGUGGAGGUGGAGUACUCGGUGGACCAUGGUGCCUCCUGGUGGCCCCUGCGACCUGCCUGUCUUCCCAGUGACCCAGACUGUACAGAAUACUGGAUGUCCUCCUUCCUCACCUCAGAUCUCUUCAUUAGGCCGUCCCCUGUCACCAUGCUGGCUCCGGCACGGCUGAGGAGGGCUGAGAUUGGGCGGGUGCGGUGGGUGCAGCGAGCCGGAUGGCGGCAGCAGCACACAUGGAGCAUCUCUCAGGUGUAUGUGGGCAGUGAGUGUGUCCUGAAGUGUUCAGGAAGAGGCCUGUGUGAUGCUGGACUGUGCCAUUGCCAGAGGGGUUGGACAGGAGAGGAAUGCAAGGAGCCAGUCACUCCCCUGCCAACCUUCCUGGUGGCUGACUUUGAGAGUGACUCGUGGGUGUUGGACUGGCAGAAGGCAGUGGGUGGCCAGCCCAGUGACCAGUGUGGACCUGUAGCAUCUCACCAAGCUCUCCACUUCCAAGGGGGGUGCAGCAGAUAUCUGGAGACCAACGACUUGGAUCUGCGUGAUGCAUUCUUUGUCCAGUUUGACCUGAAGGCGGGUUGUGUGGAGAGUGUGGCAGGGCAGGGCGUGCUACUCCUUCAGGCCUCAUGUGAUGCUGGCAUUAGUUGGACCACUCUCAAGAAGCUUUGGCCACCACACCAGCAGUCUGUGUAUGUGUGGGUGGAGGUGCCAGAGAGGCUGCGGUGUCUUGGGGGACGUGUAAGGUGGUGGCAGCCUUAUGCCGGGGAUGCUCAGCACUUUGACUGGGCAGUGGAUGCGGUGGUGGUAGGCGGCAGUGUGAACCCACCUGACACUCUGACGUACACCCACCCUCACCACCUAGCACCACCGUUGUGGCUCCGACGAUACAAUGCAGAGCCAGACUUGUACUGUGAUCACCAGCUGCCUAUGUAUGUGAUGAGGUCCACACCUGCUGAGCCUGCUCUACUGCAGACCACAGACUUGCAGAUUGGAAAGAACCACGUCCUCAGCUUUCGUCUGGCACUAGGCUGCAAUGCCUCCUGGGACAACACAGUACCACCUGUCAGGCUAGAGUACUCACUGGACUUUGGACACAACUGGCAGCUGGUGCAGAUGCUGUGCCUGCCAGGGAACAAAAGCUGCAGCUAUGUGGAUGAUGCCUCAGUGUUCUAUGCACCACUUGCCUGGAGCAGACAUGUGUAUCCACUCAGCCACAUCAGUCCCUCAAAGUAUGUCAGGUUCCGAUGGAUACAGGAGCGUUCAUCAGAUGUAUCAGAGUGGCACAAUUGGUCUCUGAGGGACGUGUACAUAGGGCCAGCCUGUCUCAAACACUGCCUGGGCCGGGGCUCUUGCCUAGAGGGGCACUGUCACUGUGAUGCUGGUUAUGCAGGAGACCACUGCCAGCACCUCACCAUUGAUAAUGUACCAUACAUCCGUGAUCAAUUCUCUGUGGGAGUGUUCCUGCCCCACUUUGUGCAGGUGCAGGGAGGGCUGCUCUCCAGUGGCUGUGGCAACUUAGAAGAACCACCUGCUGCCACCUUCCAGGGUGCCAACACCCGCCUGCUGCUCACCCGCCCUGUUGACACUCGCAGUGCAAAGUUUGUGCAUUUCCUGCUGAACAUUGGCAGUCAGCAUGGCCAUGGUGUGUGCCAGCCAGCUUCCCACCGGCGACACAACGUGCUGCUCCAGUACUCUCUGGACGGAGGCAUCCAGUGGGAGCUGCUGCGUGAGCUGGACCAUGCUCUCUACACACGUCCUGGUAAAGAGUACAUCCACCUGCCACCACAAGCCAGGGGACCGGCCACCUCCUUCAGGUUCUGGCAGCCAAUGCAGGUGCUAACACCACCUGCCUGGUCCCUGGAUGAUCUUUUCAUUGGCGGCUCAGAGAUCAGCGCUGCAAAUCUCCUUGAUGAGUUGGAUGAAAGCAUCCAGGUAUCAGACUGGCUGUUUGCACCACUUAGCCACAGUGAGAGGAACUACUGCUCACGUGGCAACGACUCCUCCCUGGUGUGGGGCGCUGACUCUCCGGGCCAGCGGGAAAUCAUCACUCAGGAGCUGAUCAUCCAGGAGGGCCAUGUGGUUCACUUCAAGGUGUCAGUGGGGUGUGAGGAGGAGAGCCAGGACUGCGGCAACAGUAAUGGGGUGCGCCUGGAGUACAGCCUGGAGGGUGGCAUUCGGGGAUGGGAUCUGGUGAGGGAUCUGUGUCUGCCUGGCUCUACCCCAGACCCAGACUGCCACCCGUACACCUUCCACCCACAAUCUGUGUUCCGCACCGACACUCACGGUUCGUGGCAGCGCAUCACCAUCCCCCUGCCAGAGAAGACGUGGGCCAGCACCACACAGCUGCGGUGGGUGCAGGAGGCAGGCGGGCCAGGAGGAAGCAGGGUGACGCCAUGGUCCCUAGAUGAUGUGUAUGUAGGCACCCCGUGUCCAUCUCACUGCCAUGGCCGUGGAGACUGUGUGGGCGGUGUGUGUCGCUGUGACACUGGCUACUUUGGUGUGACGUGCGAGCCAAUCCCAUCCCGCAAGGCACCACUCCCCACCAGCCUUGUGGAAGGCUUUGAGGGUGGUGUGGGUGCCAACUGGGCCUCAGUGACAGGCGGUGGUGUGGGGUUGGGUUGCAGCUCCCUGGCACCAUAUGCUCAUGGCAAACAUCUUUACUUCUCUGGCUGUGGCACACGGCAGGCCCGCACUGUGGACCUUGACACACGUACUGCUAGCAAGCUCAUGUUUGUAUUGCGCAUUGGGAGCCACGACGGGAUGCCCUCAUGCCACGUGGAGCUGAAUGACCCACAGCGUGGCCUGGACAAAGGUGUCGUGCUGCAGUACUCGCCCGAUAAUGGCGUGUCCUGGACCACUAUCAAUGUGCAUGAUCCACUUGACUUCAAAAAGGCACGGCGGGUGGCAUACAGUCUGCCUCAGGAGGCACGAGUAUAUGGGCUACAACUGCGAUGGUGGCAGCCAGUACAUGAUGGUCCCAGCACUGACCAGUGGGCCCUUGAUAAUGUGGAAAUUGUAUUGGCUCAGCGGAGAGACACAAGCAGCUACGACGUUCAGACCCUGCAUGAUGCUGAGCUCUGAAGGACCCGCCCUGUGCUUCACCAUCAUCACUGCCCCAACACUGAACAUCUGAACUCUGUUCCACUCAUGUGAAGGAUUUCUCCCAGCACCACACUGCACACCAGCCACAACACAACCCAUGAUAAGCAGCAGGUCAUGUGUAGCCCCAUGGCAGUCAUUGUCAUUUGCUGACACUUGAAACCAUUGUUUACAAUAUGACCAAUUCUUCUGAAUCAUUGUCAUCACUCAAACUCACUUUGGGGACCAAUAAGAACUUUAAGAAAAUUUAGACAUUCUUUAGGAGCCAUUCCAGUGUCAGUGUUCUCUCUCUCUUUCUCUGGUGAAUGACUGAUCAGUCAUUGCAAGAAAGAUGAACUUUGGGUAAAGUCAUAUCAGGAUGAUAAAUCAGUCUUUUAUCUACAACUGCAAGUACAAUUGCUGCCUGUUUUCUUUAACUUUUCUGCCCUGUAUAAUGUUAAGCAAUAUAGACUUGACCUUAUUUCAUGCAUGUACUGAACAGCUGUGGUAGGUUUGACUCUCUUUCCAUGUUAAAGAUUGCAAAACAUGCUCAAGAAGAAAGCAUUCCUCACUCAAACAUCACAAAAUACCAAAGCACACCUCAGUGCUAGAGCAUGACUGGAUGCCUAAUCAUAAAGUUUAAGUCUAAGUUUGAUAAGUUCUUGAUACAUUCUUCUGCCCAGUUUACUUUGGGGACUGGUACCUCAGUCAUUCUUUUUUUAUUUAAAAUUCUGUUGGGAUGUGUCAGGCACUUUAGUUUAUGGAACAAUGCCCAGCUCUUUACUGGACUAAAUUCAUUGUCACAGGAGUGAUGUCAUCUGCAGAAUAAUAGAAGACCACUGGUGCUAUAGCCUACAAGGCAUGAAGAGUUUCAAUUAGAACAUGAAUUCACUCAGUGGUGAUGCCCAAGUCCAGAGAAGGAACUAUUUCACUGUGGCUGUCUGGGGACUGAAAAGGAAGGCCAGAUAAUUUAUUUAUGAAUUAUCAUCCAAAGGAAAGAAGAAAACCAAAAAGAACUGUAUGAUUAGAUGGGACAAUUUCUGUUGAUUAGAGUGAAAGCUUGAUUGGUAAACAGCAUUCCUCUUUUUAUCGACCUUGAUUGCACUGUUCCUGCUUUCCCCAUUCACUGUUUGUCAUGGGUCCUAUUUUGUGUGAUGUGCAUUUUCCUGUGGUUCUCUGUAUGGGACAUCCAGGUCAUCAGGUUACCUCAGAGUGCAUGGAAUGUGUAUAGUCCUGUGGAAUGCAUGGCCAAGUACAAAUUUUUCUUGCAAUAUUUCAUUCCAAAUGUAAGAUGAUCAUAAUCUAUGUACUUAAAUUGAAGUAGACAUAUGAACUUUCAAUAUUAUUUUGUAAUAUAUUCUUGUACAGACUCCAAGAUCCCUUAAUUAAUUUGAUAUGUACUUUUCAGUUCCAUUUUGUGGCUUUUGUUCAUACAACACUAGUUUUUAGCUCUAUUAAAGCUGGAUAUUGUACACAUGCAUGUGAAUGGUAAAUGGUGAAAGUCUUCAUACUUACAACAGUCACUGCUGCAGACUGAACACUGGAUCUCACUCUUAAGGCGGGUUCACACCAGCUGAUACUACUCUAGAUAUAGAAUGCCACAUCCAGUCACUAGUGAUGCUUGCAAUGCAAGUAUUUAAUGAAAUACUAUGCUAUACAUCUUCUCUUUCAAGAGGAAUGGUGCAGUGCCAAGUGAUGGCAUGGCCUUGUUGCUCAGAGUGAUUCACAUGUUACUCAGCCCAGAUAUAUUUGAAAAAAUCGCUGAGCUGGUGACAGCCAAGACAUGGAAGUGAACAUCACACACAUGGUAAGCAUGUCAUCACAGACGGUGUAAACUCACCUCUACUUAUGAGUGAGUCUGAUUUCAACAUCCAAGGGAGCUAUGAUGAAAGUCAAGCAGACAUCACAACACCUUAAAGUUGAUGAUCAAAUUUUAAAAUGUCACUUUGACCUUAGUGACCUUAUACCAAUCAGUCAUUAUUCAAUCAGCUUAAUUAAUAUUAAAAAAUACUUCCAAGGGCUCUAGUGCACAUAUUUGUAUAUUAUAUCUGAAUUAAAAAGUCACAUCUUUAGUUUCUUUGUGAAUUCUCUAGUACUUUACUUUAUUGUACAGUACUUUGUCCUCGGUGACUCAUAUAUACUACCUAAAAGCAUACUCUUUCACAUUUGUUGUAGCCGUGUCAGCGUCUUAGUUCCCUUGUGUUAAAACCGUCAGGAUCGUUAAAAAACAUAUCGUCACUCUGCUUGACGCUCAUCUUACCAUUGCUGCCUCAUGCAAACAUGGUGUAAAGUUUUCUUGCCCACAAAAUCUUAUAGAAAUGAUGGCAGUAAUACAAGUGAUAUUGAUAACAGACAUUAUAAUGUGGCAGUGAUAGCAACAUACACAAACAGCAACAUUAAAUCUUAUAAUUAUUUAUAUAUGUGUGAGUGUGUAGUGCCUUGUCUGGGCCACUCUGUGUAGGAUUGCUAACCUGGUUUACAGAUAGGACUAGUAUGUCCUAUUUUUUUCCACAUCUAUGAAAGCUUUAAAGGAGAAAAUGAGAACACAGGCCAGCUCAUCGGUAUUCUAGCUUUGUAACUAAUGAAAGCUUUAUAAUGUGUUUUGUGUUUUUUAAUCUUUGCAGAGGUAACUCAAAAACCUGCUCUGUGAAAAUGUGCCUAAAGCAACAUUUGUAUUAUUAUUUAGCAAUAACAAGAUUAGUUACCAUGUGAGCUUUGUUGAGAGACCUUUUUGCUGACUUGAAGCUGCUGACCCUCUGUGACAAUAAAGAAAAGGAAGGAAACUAAUGCAAAUGGCAGUCUUUUGAAGAACUGUGUGACUGAUAUCAGCAAAAAAAAAAGGACAAUCCCAGUGUACAAAUACAUAGGUAUAUGAUAAGUAACCAUAUGAUGUUCAUGUACAACAUAUGUGGUUUUGGUAACCAUUUUCUUCAAACAGGAAUUCUCGUUUUUCUAUACCAUAUGGGGCCUUCACAGGAAUUUACUGGCUAUUGGAGACAUCCUAUCUGAAAGCCCACCUGUUAGGGAACCAUUACCCUGAGUAAGGGUAAUGGUCCACACUUGGACUGUGGCGAGGAUUCAAACCUGUAUGCUUGGAGACCUCUCGGGCCCCAAAGCGUGUGUGGUUCCACUGUAUUUGGCAGGAGUGAAGAAGUGUGCUGGAUGAGAAUGAGAGAUGGAAUGAGGGUGAAUGUAUUUUUAAAAAGUAAGUUGUUUGAAGCUAUUAUCUAUUUUAUUUAUCUUUUUAUAUGCACCUAGGAUCACAUACUGCUGUAGAGGAUGGCCCAUUAGUAAAGAGGAAGGUUAAAAUCAAUUAAAUAAGGAAGUAAUGGAGAAAUGAGGUGCAAAAAAUAUCUAAUUUUGAAAUAGAAUUAGUCUAUUAACCAAAGCAAUGAAUAUCUUGAUGGUUUGGGCAUUCAGAGAGAACUAAAGAGGAUGUAUUGAGAAAAGAGAUAGCUGGAUUUAAUGUUAAGGGGUAUAAAGCUAAAGGAAGACCACAGAUAAGAUGGAUGGGUGAUUCCAAGACUGUUAGGAUGUGAAAGGUAAUGUGCAACAGGGAUGAAUGAGAACAGAUAUGAAUUCAUUAAUGAUGAUACAUUGCUGAGACCCUCAAUAAGACAUUCUACAAUGUCUGCUUUAGCUAGGUGGUCAGGUCGGAUAGAGGGAAGGAAUGGGUCUAUCAUGACAUCACAAUGCUAAAUUAACUUUGUUAAACUCUAUCCUCAUGCAGUGUGGGCAUUGUAAAUUGCUGCUUUCUUCCCCUAGGAACUUAAAGGAUAAAAUAUUAGAGUGGUUGUGAAAAGAAUAUCAUUGUUUGUCUUUUCAAUUAAACAUUUUUAAAAGGUUGUGUCAGUCUGAUUUAUAAAAGUAUCACAAAUCAUAAGGCAUAGGGAAUAAAGACACUUUUCAGGAAGAACUUGUUAUAUUUUCUAUAAGUUUUUAAACUAAAUGUCACCUACAAAUAUACUACACAAAUUCUAACACAUACUCCAAUGCCGAAGGCACUAAAUCUUGCACCUGCCUGAGAUUAAUGUAGCAUAUCUAGUAAUUAAUUUUCAAGUACAGUAAACCGUGAUCACAUAUAUAUGGACGUACUAUGUACACCGGGAAUGGUCAUUAUCCUAUACUCAGCAGCUUGACGAGGUAAAACAAGGCUGUUGUGCAUAAAAGUUUAGUGCAAAUAUACUGAUGACUGGAUUUUGAUAAAAGAAAAAAAAAAAAGUGUAGCUAAUUCAAUUUAAUGCUUAAUUAUUUCAAAGAAAACCUGCAAUGUAUUAUAACUUUAGUAUUAUGAAUUAUGAUUCUUUGAUAACAAGUAACUAAAGGAAUGUUAGAAAUAAGAUGAAAUUAUUCACCGAGGUGGGAAACUACAACAACGUGGCUCAGGUGGAGGUUACACAAGAGAAGUGUCCCUCUCACCCAGGAACUGCACUAACCAGAAUUAAAAAUGCAACCUUCAAAUGCUCCACCACAGACUAACUUGGGCCCCAGAAAGGAAUGAUAAGCUCCAACACUUUGUGACCUGGAAACAAAAAUAGGGUUGAACUUCAUUGUGCAUUUAUCCUGAUAUCUUUCUCAGUGAAAAUGGUUUUGCACUGCAUAACUGUCUUAUUAUGCAGCAGACUUUACAAUAUUGGCAUGCAGGCCAUCUAGUGUUGGAACUUGCAAUUAUUCUUAUUUAUGAAAAUAAAAUGUUUGCCUCCAUAUUGACAGCAGAUCUGGAUGAAUUUCAUGUAGAUGUACAUCUUCUUCAAAGGCCGGGUAAUACUAAUGCAUCAGGAAUGAAAGAAAUUAAUAAAUAAAUAAAUUAAAAGUAAUAUGAGCAAAGGUUGUAACAAAAGUUGCAAUAUGCUUCAUAUAGCAUAAAGCAAUAUUCAUGAAUACAUUUAUAACAUUUCUGUUCUUUGUGAGUGAUAUGUUAUACAUUACAAUAACAAAUGCUGCAAUCCAUGUAAUUUAUAAACAACUUUGUGUUGAGAGAAUAAAAAACAAUUUAGUUUCUAUGUGAGGUAGACACACUGCAAAAAAGGAGCCAUUUAUAAAACUGAAUAAGUAAUAA